GCUCCCCGCUGGCACGCGCAGGGCGCUCGCCGGUGUGGAAGCGGCUGGUGCAGGCGGGGUUAGGCCGGCACCUGAGGUUGGGUAGCGCUGUACAAUGGAAAUCAGCCACUCUGUCAAAGAGCGCACCAUUGCUGAGAACAGCCUGGUCAUCCUACUCCAAGGUAUCCACGGCUAUGUCACCACAGUCGAUCUCCGCGACGAGAGCACAGCGCUGGGCCGCAUCACCAAUGUGGAUGCCUUCAUGAACAUUCGCCUGGCCGAGGUGACCUUCACAGACAGACAGGGCAGAGUCUCCCAGCUGGAUGACCUGUUUGUGACGGGCAGGAAUGUCCGCUAUGUCCAUAUCCCUGACGAAGUGGAUAUCAAGGCCACAGUGGAGAAGCAGCUGCAGCUGAUCCACAAGGUGCGCUACUUUGGAGGCCGAGACAAAGGGAGAAAGGAAUUCCCUACAGCGAGACACAAAUAAACUCUCCUGGGCAUUGCCCAGAAUCCCCAGGGGGCUCUAACGUGAAACGAUAGCUCUCAGCUCCCUUAUAACACCGCCCCCCCCCAACUUCUGUACUGGAAAUCUUCCUGUCUCAGUUGUUACCAUUUUAGAGACGAGAACAAACAUGUCUCAUCCUGAAAGAUCCCCUGGGCUUCUCUUUCAAAUCCCUCCUCUGUUUGUUUGUUACGGGGAUUUGGUUUUGGUUUCUUUGGGCAGCUUCCUGACAUUGGUGUUUUGGAGGGGCGGGGGCGGAAUGCAGACAAGGGAUCAUCCAUAGGGGUUUAUUUUUAAUUUUUUUAAGGCCUCUGUGAGACUGUCUGGUGUGUUUCUUGCUGGUCUGGCAGGUUUUAGACUCCAUCUCAUUCUUAGGUUGUUCAAUAAACUUUUUUCAAAUAAAACCUGUUUCCAGAAACCAACAA